CGUUUUAUACCAACUGGCAACUGUGGGCUGUGUAGAGAGUAGUAUAAUAAUAUGGGGCUGUGUCUGUGGUAGCAACGAGCGGUUGACAGAGUUACUAAAGUUUAGAAAUAUGUUGAAAUGUUUUUUAUUUCUAUAGAACAACAAUUUUUUUGAAUCGUACUAUAGACAGUUUAGUGUAGACUCAAAAAAUAAAAUCAGUAAAAAUGUCGUUUUCAUUUGGUACACCUUCAAGUGCUCCCGCAACUACUGGUUUAUCUGGUGGUUUUAAUUUCGGAGCUAACAAACCAGCAACUCCCGGUUUUGGGUUAGGUGCUACAUCGCAGCCAUCUACUGGUUUGUUUGGCACGCCAGCGACAUCGGCGCCCGCGUUUGGGACCACUACACCCGCUUUCGGCUCGACGUUUGGCGCUACCUCAACAGCCCAGCCAACGUUUGGCGCUAGUACCACACCGGCAUUUGGGGCCACAGCAACACCAGCAUUUGGAGCCACAACAACGCCAGCUUUUGGGGCCACAGCAACACCAGCAUUUGGAGCCACAACAACGCCAGCUUUUGGGACCACUGCGACACCAGCAUUUGGUGCUACUUCCGCAGCUCCUGCUUUUGGUGCUACGUCUAGUGCCCCUGCGUUUGGUGCAGCAUCGACUGCCCCAACUUUUGGGACCGCAACACCUGCCUUUGGCUCAACAUCAUCUGCUCCAGCAUUUGGAACAGCAGCUCCGACUUUUGGUGCUAGCUCCGCAGCACCUGCAUUUGGUACAACAACUCCUGCAUUUGGUGCGGCAAAUACAUCAUUUGGGACUGGAUUAGGCACUGGAGGCUUGAGUUUUGGUACUGCAGCCACCACUGCUUCUACAGGUUUAUCAUUUGGUACAACAACAACCACCAGUGCAGGUUUAGGCGGGCUCGGUAGUUUCGGGUUCGGUGCCACCACCACAGCUCAGUCUGGUUUGGGUUUGUUUGCUUCUACUACCACUACCAGUAGUAGUUUUGCUACACCAAGUUUGGGAUUGGGCGGUGCGGUACCUACAAGCGGUACGACUGGUGCUUCUGAUGGAAAAACUGAGCCGCCAAAACAGACAAAACUACCCAAUGAAAUAGGUACAACAGUGGAAUCCUUCAAGGAGUUUGUUAAGAAGCAAAAGUCCCUCAGCUCUGAUAUAAUGCGGGUGUCCAUUAAGCCGCUACAAAAGGUGAGCCGCGAAGCAGAGUGCACUCUUCGCGCAGCCCUAUCUCUCUGCGGUGAGACGUCCCGCUGCAGGGCGCAGUCCCGCCGGCUCAGGGCUUCGGCGGCCGCCGCGCUUGCCGCUGCCGAGACUGCGGCUAGAGAACCACUCGGCUCAGAACUCGAGGGCAUAACACCGCCAACGUACGUGAAGGAAUUAAUAUCGGAAUUGGAGCAGCAAAUUAUAACAUUCCGCCGUCAAAUGGACGUCGCAGAUAAGCAAAUGCAAUCGUCGCCGAAACUGCUUACUGAACAAGAACUGACGCUCGGUAUACGUCGCAUGCACGAGUCGCUAGUGGCGCUGGCCGGUCGCCUGCAAGCCGUGCAUUCGCAGGUUGAAGCUCAGAAGGAACAAUACUUGAAUUUAAGGAAAUAUGUCCUGAAGGACCCGACAAAUGUGUUUGAGACGCAGUCCGCAAAUGCGAGCCUAGACCAGAUACUACGAGAUGCUGAGGGCACAAGGAAGAAAACAAAAUCUGGCAACUUUAGUGAUGUCGGUCUGAGUAGUGCUGUGCUUUCUGACCCACGGGCUGCAUUAGGAAACAUACGACAUUUGGCUGGUCCAACUCCAUUCACAUACCUCGGCAGUACACUGUCUACAUUCCCUGUUGCAGAGACCCCAGGAUCAAACUGGCAACCAACACCACAGCCGAACCUCAACGCAUCAAUGAACACAACCUUUGGUGCCCAAGCGGAUGCCUUUCAGCUACAGAAACCUCCGGGGAAGCGCGGGAAGCAAUGAUAUUGGCGACCCUAGCUGGGCCGCAUACAUCGGCCCAGCGGCAAGUAGCUGGCCCAGUGCAUGGAGCUAGUGCGCAGUUCUAGUGCCAUUGGGGCCAGUGUUAAGUGCAAAAUGUUUAUGUUUUGUGCUAAUGGUGGGUCUUAGUUCGAGUGCUGUUGCUGACCGCAGCUGUAUCCGCACUAGUGCAGAUUACGGUGUACUCGGAUUAUGGUAGGAGAGUGUUAAUUGCAAGACGUUUAUUGUUUCAUGCUUAUGGUGGACGUUAGUGUGAGUGUUAAUCUCGCUAGUGCCAAGUGAUGGGCAGUGUUAAUCUGUUUGUGAGUGUUUUAAAAGUGGGGCAAUGCUGUACUGUUAAGUGGUAAGUGCUGGGAUGGCCAGUGUUAAAAAUGCGAACACAAUUACAGUUGAGAUAGUAAACCAAAAUAUUGCGUUAUUUUAUUAUAUUUUGACCCAGUAUAAUAUGGUCCUGUUAUUAAAAGAACCUUCAAACUGGAGAAGUUAAAACCGUAGAUAAGUUCUAUUUUUUAUUUUCAUAACUUUAAAAUGUAUUAUAAUGAAAAAUGUUUAAGAAAAGAAAAAGUUGGAUCAGCGUGAAGCGUGACGCAAACCCGAAGCAAUGCGGGUGGAUUAAAUAUUUUCUACUCUUUAAAUAUUUUUCAAUUGAGAAGUUUCAUAAACUUUCCAUUUUUAUUAUUAACAAUGUUUGUUUUUUCAUAUACUGUACAAUAUUCGAAAGUAACAUGAACAAUGAGUCAUUAUUGCUUCAUAAUGAAUGGAAACUGUUACACCUUUUAUCAAUGAAGAAAACUUGAAGUCAUAAGAAUGCACAUAAGUAUGGUUGAGACAUUAUGGUUACAAUUUAAAUCUAAGACAUCAAUACAACAUACAACAGCUUUCAAAUAACAUGCUGUUUAAAUAUCAAUGUAAUGAAACAAUUUAUUAUUUUUAAUAUGUAUUGUAAGAGUGCAUUUAUAAGCUGUAGUUUGUCUGUUUAUGUGCUCUAUUCUCAUAAAUCAAUUUUAUAUAUUUUUUCACUGAGUGCUAAAUUAUGUACCAAAAGUGAUUGAUGACUCUACAGUAUAUUAUGUAUUUUCUAAUAUACAAAUCUUAAUGUUUUGUAGGUUAAAAUAACAAUAGAAACAACUGUUUCAAUUCAUAUAGAUGUCACUGUAUUUAGUAGGUACAUUGUCUUUUAUAUUCAAUUAUACAUUCAGACAUACAUACAUACAUAUGAAAUAGUUAAUCGUUACUCUAAUAUCACUUCACUUUGAUGCAUUUACAAAAUAUAAUGUUCAAUGUAUAAAAUGUAUGGUUUAAGUAAAUAUAUUUGAAUACGAAUAUUUUUAAUAAUAUGGAUGGUAUUGAGUUUUUCUUAUAUACCUUUAAAUAAAUGUUGUUUGUACAUGUA